GCACGCUGCUGACUAGCCUGGCUAUAUGGUUGAUUUCCUCCUUUCCCUCCAUUUCAACUACCAUUCGAUCUCUCUCUCUCUCUCUGCCAUUAAUCAAGUACAGACUUCGAUUCUCCACGCAAUGUGAGGUUUUCGACUUUUCUCCUGUUCGAACUUUCUCCAACAAAAGUGCGGAGAAGAAUCGAUGAGUACUGGAGAACACUCUUCCUUCUAAAGUGGUAUAUCAGUAGCUAGCUACUAGUUUAGACUUCAGUCUGUAACUCAAUACUCGUUUUCUCCGAUAUCUGUCGUAUCGGUAUCGCUGCAUUUCUGGUUUCGGACGAGUACGGAGGAGGAAUUAACCGACAAAGUCGAGCUUCACCGAGUUGAAGAUUGAUUUCUCCAGUCGGAUGAGCGAUGGACGUGAGAGCUGGGAAGCUCAGAUCUGCAGAGGAGCUUUUGAAGCUCUGAAUCUUUUCUAUUUUGCUGGAGAUUGGUUUUGACAUUCGUUUUGUUCGAUGUAAUGGGAUUCGAGAAGCUCAGCGCGGAUCUACGGGCAAGAAGCGUCACCGAAGCGGCUUUGAAAGCUUCCGUUUUUCAAAUUCGACAGGGAUUUUCUCGUUUCGACCAUUUGUUUUCGGUAAUUCACGCAGAAGCGCGGAUCUUGGAAAGGAAAAACACUUAACUAAAGGAGGUUCGAAUCUUUUUUAAGUUAUUCCGGGAAUUUCGCGUUUUGCUGGAUGCGCUCAGAUCUGCAGAGUGAAAAGUCUCCGUGCUUCGGAUCUCUGAUCUUCUUGCGGCAAAAGAAGCGGCAAUGGUUGCAGAACCUUGGAUUUUAAAGAUGGGGAACCAGGUGAGUAACAAUCUCAAGCACGCUCUUUUGCUCGAGGCUUCCAAUAAAAGGAACGCCAAAAGACCAGAACGACCAAAAGAGACCAUAGGCAUUCUUUCCUUUGAAGUAGCGAACGUCAUGUCUAAAACUGUUUAUCUCCAUAAAUCUCUAACGGACCUCGAGAUGUCCAAACUCAAAAACGAAACCUUGAAGUCAGAGGGGGUGAGGAAGCUCGUGUCUUCCGACGAGUCUUACCUCCUGGAGCUCGCUCUCGCUGAAAAGCUCGACGACCUGAACCAUGUCGCUGCUGUCGCUUCUCGGUUAGGGAAGAGGUGUAGUGUGCCUGCGUUGCAGGGUUUCGAACACGUCUACUCUGAUGUCACGACGGGAGUAAUUGAUGUGAGGGAAUUGGGGUUCUUGGUCAAGAACAUGGAUGGAAUGAUAAGGAAGAUGGAGAGGUACGUGACCUCGACUUCGAAUCUGUAUGCGGAAAUGGAGGUUUUGAAUGAGUUAGAGGAGGCAACCAAGAAAUUUCAGCAAAAUCAUCACGAGGAGAGUCGCCGGGCCUUUGAGCAGAAAUUACUCUGGCAGAGGCAGGAUGUGAGGCAUCUUAGGGAUGUCUCGCUAUGGAACCAGACGUACGACAAGAUUACUGGGCUGUUGGCUAGAACUAUUUGUACAGUCUACGCGAGGAUCUGCAUUGUUUUCGGAGACUCUGUUUCAAGGCUAGAAUUUCCCGGACUUUCUGUUUCAGGGUCAGACGGUUCUGCAGGGGAAAGUUCAUCUCCUGUUCAGGAUGAAAGCAGGGAUAUUUCUAGUCAAGUUGAUGCUCCUCAUCAUCUACAGAUGGCCUCUGGACCAUUGAAAUCAACUUCAAGAAACUGUCGCACUCAUAACUCGGGAUCACUUGAGAGAGGUAAAGCGGAGAAGACCAGUGCUAGGUCUGGAUUGGCAACACAGAGAAGUGAUGUAGUUUCAUUUCAUCAUGAUGAUUCUAGUCUUCCUCCAUGCGGAGCUAGCCCUGGGAGGCUCUUCAUGGACUGCCUUAGCUUGAGCAGUUCAGCUUCUAGGAUUGAUGAUUACAUUGAAUACGAACAGCAAAAUGGCGCAAGUUCAGGUUGCUGCAGCACCGCAAACGGGCUUAGUAGAGAGCUCCCGCACUCAUCUGGUUGUUCUGACCGGGUGGAGUUGAGUGUUCCUUCUAGUGUGGAUCAAAGACAAUCCAAAUGUAGCAUGAUUAGCAGCAGAUCACGAUUUGACUCCAAAAGUAGGUUAGUCUUACGUGCUCUUCCAUCCACUGUUGGAGGCUCUGCUCUUGCUUUACAUUAUGCAAAUAUCAUAAUUGUUAUAGAGAAGUUACUUCGCUACCCACAUUUAGUUGGCGAGGAAGCUAGAGAUGAUCUAUACCAGAUGUUACCAACUAGUUUAAGAAUGUCUCUAAGAGCAAAUCUCAAGUCUUACGUUAAGAAUUUGGCCAUAUAUGAUGCCCCCCUUGCUCAUGAUUGGAAGGAGACACUUGAUAAGAUGCUUAGCUGGCUUGCGCCACUGGCACAUAACACGAUCAGGUGGCAGACAGAGCGUAACUUUGAGCAACAUCAAAUCGUUACUAGGACAAAUGUUCUUCUGCUACAAACAUUGUAUUUUUCUGAUAGAGGAAAGACAGAGGCAGCUAUCUGUGAGCUUCUUGUUGGGUUGAAUUACAUAUGCCGCUAUGAGCAUCAGCAGAAUGCCUUGUUGGACUGUGCAAGCAGUUUUGAUUUUGAUGAUUGUGCAGAGUGGCAAUUUCCCUACUGAAGGUCUUAUAUUCAAGUCCCUGAUACUUGGAUGCAAACAGGAUAUGAACUUCACCACAGCAUGGAUACAGAUAUUUACACUACAAGGUAUUGGCUUGUAUUCAAACCGGUGGAUGUUGUAUUUUGUUGAUAGAGAGACUCGUUCUCCUGGAAUCAUAAUUCCAACCAAAGCGCUUAAGCACAGGAACAGGAAGUAGUGUACAGACCAGGGUUAUGCUCCCAGUUUCCAUGUAAAAGUGCAAAUGAGGCUUUGAGCGUAAGGACAUCCUUCUACUUGGUAGCAAUUAUUUAAUCUACCAAGAAUGAGUGAUGGAGGAAAGUUAAGCUUCUCUGUCUCCAUAUAUUCUGAUAACCAAUUCCCAAAGGCUGUGCAAUGUGCUUCAAAGCCAUUAUCCCUAAAAAAAAAGAACACCUAUGAUUUCAUAAGCAUGGGAAUGUAUAUUUUAAGUUAAAGAACAACUAACACAAUAUUGUAACA